CUUUUACUCUGGUGACCGGAUGUGCGUUGUGUUGCCGUGCCGGGCUUGACUUCUGUGUUUUCUGUUCCCCGGGGCCACAAUGUUUUCAACGGGACUGAACUUACUCCUCUGCGGACUCUCCAUGGCCGCUUGAUCCGGCCCCGACCGCCGUGUCUCCGCGCUAACGCUUCCUCCUACGGACCUCCACGCAAACUUUUUCCAUCCCCCAGACAAACUCUCGUUCUCCGGGUGGGUUUUAUGUCAAGGACCGAGGAUGCAGCCCCCACCGAGAAAGGUCCGGGUCACCCAGGAGCUGAAGCACACUCAUGCAGAGCAGAUGAGCAGAUUACAGAUCAAACAUCAGGCAGAAUGUGACCUCCUGGAAGACCUGAGGACUUUCAGCCAAAAGAGGGCAGCUGUAGAGAGAGACUACGCCCAGGCGCUGCAGAAACUGGCAAAUCAGUAUCUGAAGAGGGAAUGGCCCGACAGUCUGAUCGGGGAACAAGAUGACCACAGGAACAUGUAUUGUGUGUGGAGGGCCUAUCUGGAGGGCACAGUGCAGGUCACCCAGUCCAGAAUCAGCACCUGUGACAACUACAAAGUCCAGGUGACCGAUCCGGCCAAGACGGCCAGACUGCAGAAGGAGCAGCAGCUGAGGAAGUGCAUUGAGCAGCUGACGGUGGUCCAAGCCGAGCUGCAGGAUUCCGUGAAGGAGCUGACGAAGAGCAGGAAGAAAUACCAGGAGAACGAGACGAUGGCACAGGCUGUGAGAGAGAAGGCAGAGCAGGACGCCAAGUCCAAGUUAAGUCUUUUCCAGUCCAGGUCCAGUCUGCAGAGAGCGAGCGUUAAGCUCAAAGCCAAGAGGAGUGAGUGCAACUCCAAAGCCACCCACGCCAGGAACGACUACCUUCUCACUCUAGCAGCCGCUAAUGUUCACCAGCAGCGCUACUACGACACAGACCUCAUGGACUGCAUCAAGGUGUUAGACGGCAGAAUAUAUGAGCAGGUCAAAGAUUACCUGGUGUCACUGUCUCAGACGGAGCUGGAAACCUACCAGGCGGUCCACAACACCUUCAACCAGAUCCUGAGCAGCUCUAAUGGGGUUGUCCAGGAGUUUCACCAGCAGCUGUUUGCAGAGAAGAACCCGAUGUUUCAAAAGGCUCCGGACUUCUUGUUCCAGCCCAGCGACACAGACACCGUGAUGCAGCUACAGAAAGAGAGCGGGACGUCGGAGGAGCACGGCCUGGAUAAGGAGGCGAGGAAAUGGGCGAGCCGCGUGGCCCGAGAGUACAAGAGCAUCAUCCACACACAGCGGGCUCUGGAGGAAUAUGGGACGCAGGAGUCAUCAGAGCAGAACAACAGUGACAUGGAAACAAAGAUGGAGGUGGCCAGACAGAGUCUUCGGAGGGCAGAGACGGUGAAGGUGAAGGCAGAGGCUCGUCUGGACCUGCUGCGACAGGCGGGAGUCACUGUGGAGACGUGGCUGAAGAGCGCGAUGAACCAGGUCAUGGAGGAGCUGGAGAACGAACGCUGGAACAACCUCAACACCCACGAUCCCGCGCUCUCUGGGACAGGAGAUCUGGAGCCCGAGGAUGAGGAGGAGAUGGAGGACAGCAGUGAGGUGUUGGACGACAGCAGCUCCAGUCCGUCCAGCACCUUGAAAAACUAUCCCCUCACCUGCAAAGUGCUCUACUCCUACAAGUCGUCUCAGCCGGAUGAACUGACCAUUGAAGAGCAGGAGAUCUUGGAGGUCAUUGAUGACGGCGACAUGGAGGAUUGGGUCAAAGCCAGAAACCGCAGCGGACAGGUCGGCUACGUCCCGGAGAAAUACCUGCAGCUCCCCUCCUCUAACAGCCUGCUGAGCAUGCUGCAGUCUCUGGCUGCGCUGGACGCCAGAUCCCACUCCUCCAGCAACUCCACCGAACCGGAGACCGAGCUACCGACCGGCUCCGUCAACGGAGACUCCAGCGUGUCCUUUGCGAAGGCCUUGUACGACUACGCGGGACAGACGGAAGACGAGCUGUCGUUUCCGGAAGGCGCCAUCAUCCGCAUCCUGAGCAGAGAGACGCACGAGGACGACGGCUUCUGGGAGGGAGAGUUUAACGGGGUCGUCGGCGUCUUCCCGGCCGUUCUGGUGGAGGAACUCACCGCCGCCAGCGAGAAUGGAGACGGGAAAGGAGACGGCAGCGCGCAGGCCUCCCCCUCCACUCUACCGCUGGGUGAGCGCUCCCCUCGCAGUCCCUUCCAGCCGGGGCCCCUCCACAGCAGCCCCCUCCAGACGCCCACCACGCCCUCCCCUCUCGCCAGCCCCAGCAGCGCUACCGCCUCUCCCAUUGGCCGCCCCCCCGCCUAUCACAACGGACAUCACAGGCCGCCGCCAGCGCCGCACAAAAGCCCCUUGCAAAGUCCAGCUCAAGGUUCCCCUCAACCCCCCAAAUACCCCGAGAGCGGAUCAGGCACCAUUCGACCUGUCCGUGCGGCUCCUCCCCCCCCGAAGCAGCAUCCCCGUGGGCAGGUGAAGCGGAGGGAGGACGUGGAGAUCACGCUGGUGUGAAGACGUCACCCCGGCGGUGGCGGCGGCGGCAGCAGUGACGUCUUUGUCCAGACAAGGGACCAGCGGCUCUGUGCCUCUCAACACACUCCCAAAGGAAACUUAAACCUUCUCUGAAGACGCCCCCUGUAGGCGGGGAGAGGCCCUCCACUCUGUCCUCACAGGGUCAGUGAGCUGUGGAGGAGUAUCGUGCCUUUCUUUUCUAAAUUUCUUCUCCUCUUCGGUUUCUCAUUUCUCCUUCAUCACCCGGGACUUGUCUCAUAUUUGAUGAGACGGAUAAAUAAGAACAAUUUUAUAAUUUGAUUUAGAAAUUACACAGGUUCUUAUCUUCUACAAAGACACAAAUCAUUUUCAGAUUUUCAGUGAUAAUUUGCAGAUAAUGUUACUUAAUGUGAGGAAAUCUAUGCAGAAAGAAAACUACGGUAAAACGUAUUAUUGUAAGAAAGUAAUAUGAAUGGAUUUGGACGGUUUCAGAAUGGUUUUUGUGAACGUCUCUCGCCGAGCGGCAGAACAGACGGUUGAUGCCACUGAGAUGUCGUGAGUUAGACAUUAGUUUGAUGAUUUAUCUUCAAACCAGCAUUUAAACAACUGAACUCACUGUGACUCACAGAUGUGUUCAGAUGUUUGAGGGAACAAAGAGUUCAAGAGCCCCAAAAAAACGAUUCAUAGGAAAUGUUAUAUUAUAAUAUAAAUUGCUGCUCCACAAAUAAACUAAAAUAGUUUUUUACUUAAAGUUAUGAGACAAGAGUCGAUGGGACGAACACAUCGGUUGGAUCUUGUUCUUUUACUAACUGAGCUGAGCAGCUUUCAACAAAGAGAUUCGGGACGUCAGUGGCUGAUUUGUUAGAAAUUGAAUCUGUGUUGAAUUAAUUCAGGAUAAAGUUUUAACACAACUCGAUGGUGUCUGGGAAAGAUGCUGCGUUUCAUUACUCUGAAGCCUGAGCGCUGUGUCGCUUCAAUUUAACACAAGAUUGUUGUGAUGACAUUUUUUAAUAAUGCGUAAAAAAUCGUCUCUGUGAGAAUUUCCAUCUAUCGUGCCGUGUUUUUUAGGGUCCGGUUUCUCAUGGUCUCACUUGUGCCUUAACGAGGCCGCCUCCUGCACUGUUUUAACGUGCAGCUGUUUUUGAUCAGAAUCCUCUAACGUUCACUCGCUGGUCUCAACCAGGACCCACAGAUCAACAUGGCUCUGUGCAGCCGGUCCUCAGGAGGAGUUCCUUCUUCAAGAUCAACCAUAAAACCAAACAUCCAAUCGAGGAAUUUAUAAUUAACACGGCCUCGCUAACCGUUCCCCCCUGUUUCCAGUCUUUAUGCUAAGCUAAGCUAAUCGCCCCCUGGCUGCAGCUUCAUAUUUAACAGACUAACAUGAGAGUGGCAUCGAUCUUCUCGUCUAACUCUUGGUAAGAAAAUAAAUAAAUUACAUAUUUUAUAAUAACGAGGUCUGUAUAAAAAUUAUAAGGAAAUCAUAUUAUUAUUAAUAAUAAUAAUAUUGUAAUGAUUUCAGACAUCUCACAGGCGGUUUCUCUCUUAUUUCCACGAUCUGAUCUCAUCACAAUUGGAUGAUUAUUGAUUCUAUGCAACAGAGUUGAUAUCUGGGCCAGACGGCAGCAUGUUGUGAACGUGCAGCUUCAACACAAACCAAACGUCCGGUCGUCUCCACACUCAAAACACGCCAGCGGCGGCGAGGCUGGUCCUCCCCUCCGACUCGUGAGCUGGGACCGCACACGGUUACACAAACAAGGGAAAAGUGGCAAUUUUUGUUGAGCGAUAGGAAAGUCUUGAUCGAGAAUAAUAGACCCUUUUUGCAUUUAAAUUUGUAGAACUCUGUUUGUUGUUAGUUUUCUUUGCACCAACCUGCUCAGAGACGCCUGAAGGGAGACGUUGUGCGAACAUACACAGUCUAACUUUGUUUUUUGUUUUUUUUCCUCUUGUGUUGUUGGGAUGUUGGCAACUCUAACGUUUCCAGUAAUGUUUGACUGGUGGUCGGUGGAGGAGCAGUGACAGUUAACACUGAGGUAAUGUGCAGUUUGAACUCGCCUUUAUUUUGGAAGGAGGAAACCAUCCUGAGCUGCUAGCUAGUCCAAUUUAAAAAGAAUCUAUACUGUCAUAGUGAAGCACUUUCUGACGUCUUCUUAUUCCUUUUCAGUAUUGUGGAUGCUACGUUGUUUGUCCGAUAUUUCUCGUUUGACGUUUUGUUUACCAGCUAUAUUGGUAUGAAUACUUUUUCCUUUAUCGGCUCUUGUUAUUUAGCCUUAAAUAGCCAGUGUAGUGUCUUUGAUUGAGGUUGAGAUGUGACCUUUAUGAACGUAUUGUUUCUUUGAGAUAUUAAUAGUUUACAGAGAGCUUGGAGAUGGAUAUCUGAACAAAUAAUAGCACAGCUUUUGUUUGUUGUUUCUUUGUUUCUUUUAAUUUUGUUUUUAUUUUUUUAGAUGUAGGCUAAAGACUUAUUAAACCGCAGUCGGAUUCGAUCAGAGGAAAAGAGAGAUAUCUGUCAGCCACGUUGCUGUGUUCUCGUUGAUCUCCUUGAGAUCUGAAUGACAUCAAACUUAUUUUUGAAGUUUGCAUUUACCCUGUUGUAUUAACAAAUGAAUAUUCUAAAAGUUAAAAAAAAGAAAAGAUCUCUUUUUCCCAACAGAGACGUUGUUUUUGUUUGUUAACUUGCUACUGGUCCUGAUUCCACGUUAAGUCUGAAUCAGAAAUGUCAGCGUCAAACUGCCCUGGUUUUACAAUGUAAGCUCUGCAGAGGCUGUCGAGUGUCAUAUUUACACACCAGUGGAUGUUUAACUGUAUUUAUUGUGUACAAAUAAAUGUGAAAUAAAGAUAGCUUACAUGAAAGAAA